AGUGAUUCGACGGCGACGGCGUCGCGGAUCGAAAGUGACCGAGUUGAUCUCGUUUGAUCGCGCGCGAUCGGAAAGUGGCGAGUCGAAACAAGUGAGCGGCGGCGAGUUUUCGGUGGGCUCGUUGCGCGCGGACAUGUCAUUUCAAUCGUCCGCAAGAACGGAAGGAACAAGUGUCGAACAUGGCGGCGCGUCCAGGGCGCAUAGAGUGAUGCAGCGCGUGCAGGCUGAUUCUUAAUUUCCUCUCUUUGGAGCUGUAGGGCCUCGUCGACGCACACUAGUCGGGCCAAAUGACAUGGGAAUUUGCAGCAGAAGACACUUCCUACUGACGAUAUGUACCCUACAACUCAUUACUACUAUAGAACGCCAAGUAUUCGACUUCCUAGGGUUUAUGUGGGCGCCGAUAUUGGUUAACUUUUUCAACAUUAUUUUCGUUAUCCUUGGAUUUUUUGGAGCCUUUCAAUGUAGACCUAAAUACAUCAUAUCGUAUUGCACAUGGAAUACCCUAUGGUUGGGUUGGAAUAUUUUCCUGAUAUGUUUUUAUCUCAAUGUAGGGGUAUUGGAUAAGAACAGUGACAUAUUGAAUUUGGGUACUGGCAGCUUCUCUUGGUGGCAAGUGAACGGGCCAGGGUGCAAAGCUGUUUACGAUGUCACAGAACCAGAACUAUUUAGACCUGCGAGGCCUACAAACGUGACGGAUUGUGUUCUAGAUUACGAAGUAGUAGAGGUAUUACAUGCGGCAACACAAUGUCUUUUAGCAAUUAUGGCAAUCGUGGGUGGCAUCUGCCUGAGUCGCGUAUUCCUCGAAGAAGAUGACAGCUUUGACUUUGUCGGAGGUGGUGACUUUGGGCUGGCAGGCCACACACCGUUGCAUCCUAUGUACGUUAGCUACUCGGCUCUUCCGCCACCUGCCUAUCCCCAGAAAAGUUCCGACCAAAGCUAUCCCACGGGCACCGCUAGCUCGCAACGAUUGGUAUACCGCGAAACGACCAUCCCGAGGCAUCCCGGUGAAAAGUCCUUUGACAACCUGGCCCGCGCCAGGACUAGACAAGACACCGGGAAAAGUAACAGGAGCAACCUCUCGGGCCGCAGCGUGGAGAACGCCCGGCUUAACGCCGAGUGCAGUAACGAUUAUUCUAACCCUUUGGACCAUUUGCAGAGACCGGUGUCUCCGUACGAGGAGUACGACUCCCUGGACAGCAACGGCAGGUUCAUCUGCCAGAGGAACAGGCUCUACCGACCGCAGUCCUCCAAGCUCAGUCCAGUCGUAGCACCCAAGGCGAAGCCUCGACCGGUCCCCGGUAAACCCACGGGGAGCGUCCACAAGCCCAGGGUCUUUACCGACCACGUUAGGGACCAGCCGUUGAGGUCCUUUUACUCGGACCCGAAAUUGGCGAUCGACCAGGAGCAGACCCUGGGACGGGAGAGGAGCGUCAGGUCCAAAAGAGACAGCAGACCGCUCUCCAUGUACACCAAUAAUGUCUGAACUGGCGUCUCGCCUAAAGAUGCCGAUUCAUUGGCGUCGAACGGGUGCUGGAACUUGGAAAAUCCUCCCCAGACUUCAGGGAUUUCAAUGUUCGAACGGACGCGAUGACGGGCUUUGGCGAAUUCGCGUGAUUAGGUGAUUAAGAAUCGUUCGUUUCAGCGUCUGGUUGGCGCCAAUGAAAAGGUACCUUGAAGAGGGGCGGAGGGUCUGUGGACGAUGGAAUCGCCUCGAAGGGUCGUUGGGAAUCUUUGACCAUGGAGUAUGUUACGCCUUUUCGGGUACAUCUCGCAUCGACGGGUGACCCUGGCUUGGAGGACUGACGGUCGGUUCUUUUUCUUUUUUUUUUAUUAUUAUUUCUGUUCUUUUAUUUUCUAUUUGGUAGAUGAUAAAAGACUUUUUAUCAAGGCUGCAGGAACUUAGACUUAGACCCGAACUGCUGGAGAGAGAAGGUAGAAGCUGAAAAGAGACGUUUAUCGUAGACUUAUGCCGGGCGACGUUCACUCGGCACGAACACCUUGAAGAGGGUGUUUAGACAAUCGGUCCGACUUUUGUCGGCAAGGAGAGCGCUCGUGCAACGAAUUAGAGUCUUGACAAGGAUUUUUCACCGGCGCGGCGUGGUACCUCUUCUGCACGGACUAGAAUACGAGUACGUGCAAAUAGGUAUCCCGAAAGCAGGGUAUGUCGAGCCGAGGAUUUUCUAAAAGGGAACUGCGGCGUUUGUUUAAACGAUCAGCGAAUCGUAUCCGGUGGUAAUCUUUUCGGUGCGGUUUAUCGAUACCCUCGUCGACGGUGCACAUACCCUGCCCGAAGGUGUUCUAACGUUAAUCGAUCAAUUGGAAUUUAUUUUUCUACCGCCCUGUACUAGACUAAUCGGAUUUUCCUAUACUUGCCAAAUAGUUAGGGUACUUGUUAACGUAGCUAGUUGCGGGUGCCUUAUCCCCGAUUAACCCGGAUCGGCAUUUUAUGCGAGUUAAUCGUUUACAAUUUACCGCCUGACCCCCGGUGUCUGUGACAAUCGAUUUUGUGCAAUGUUAUCGCGCCCUUUUUUUUUUUAUAUCAAUUAGGGUACCGAGAGAUAACGCGAACGAUGCGCUCGUUUCCGCACCUUCGACCGGUCGCGUACCCUGACUCGCCUUUGGCUUGACUUUUCUUUACUUCCCUUUUGUUUUAUUUUUCUUUUUCGCUAGUUUUCUUUCCAUUGCACCCGUUGCUCCCUGGAAUGCGCGCUUUUUAUAUUGUACUAAUAUACGUACGAUGCAUACACUGUGAUAUGUAGAACCGUCGUUGGUGACCGGCCGUGGCCGAAUCGCCGUCACCUCGGCGCAAUCUCGGAACCGCGGUUCGGUCUAGCUGAUAAGAGUACUGCAAUUGUAAUUAUACAUUAUACUUGCUGCACUUAAAGGUGCACUUUGCACGGCCGAGUCGUCGAGUACGACUGUUGGUCCCCGCGGUGCAAAGUAAUCGAUGGAUCCGAAUUUUAAUCGAUAUCGCAAGUACGCUCUUCGUCGGUGUCGUUGACUGUAAAAUGACGUUUUCAUUUUUCCUUUUUUUUCUCUCUCUCUCUCUCCCCCUCAAUUUCGAGAUAUGCAGCACUUCUACGCUGUCCUUCUCGUCGCAAAGAGACUCAAGCAUCACAAUUUCGCAAGUAACGAAUUCGUCUUACCGGUCCUUAUUGUUAAUUAAUAAUAGUAAUCACGGAUUGCAUUUAGCGAUUGAGAGUGCGGUCUGUUAUCGGUGCUACGGAAGGGAUCUUCAAUCGAUUAGGAACUCGUCUGGUAGUGCAUGGUAGUCACGGAUUUUCGUUCUUUGCCUCCUCCCCCUUUUUUUUAUUUUAUUUCUCAAUAUUCGAGUAGAUUAUCUAUGAUUUAGGCAAUCGCAUCGACUUGAUGCGUAGACGAGAAAAAUGAAAUCGCCAGGGGACCGAAAGCGGCGGCCCCUGUCGCUUCGAGAGACUAAAGUCGGACUUUUUAAUGUUAACUUUACGUAUUUAAUUUAUUGUCCCUCCGCGGAGGAUCUUUAAGUUUUUUUUCCUUCUUUCUUUACUUUUAUAGCAUUCCACUCGUUGACCAUGGAUUUACUUUUCUUUUUAUUUUUUCAUGAUAUCGAUUAGAGAUUCGUCGCUUUUUCUGAAAUGGCGCCGUGUCGGAUCCGUUUGAUACGAUUUGUCUGGAGGUUGUAUGUUAGAUUUCAUUUCGCAAGGAUUUAAUUCGCCGUUGUCGAUGAUUUAUAGAGAUGUUCCGUCGCUUGUUGCGUCAUUUCAGAAAUGAUUAAUUAGUAUUUAGUGUCGUGUAGUACGGCUAGCUUCGUUAGUAGUCUAGACGGUACCGUAUUUUCUUUAUGUAUGUAGAGAUUGGCUUUAUGUGGGUGCGACUACUGUGUUACACAUUUUGGUGCAUCCAGUGGUUAACAAUAAACGUGCAAUGCAGAACA